AUGACUAACAAGAAUCUGGGAAAUAAGUUAUUGGUCCAUCGAAUAGAUGAAGACACAUUCACCAUUACCGGGGAAAGUGGGGUCUCAAUGGUUGAUCUACGAAGAAAAACAUGUUCGUGUCGAAAGUUUGACUUGGACAAAAUACAUUGUUCACAUGCUAUGGCAACGCUUACAAGUAAAUUCGGAGAUGAAUGUGGAAAGAUGAUUUAUGAGUACUCUUCUUCGUAUUAUAAGGUAGAAUCAUACGUGCUUGCAUAUGCCAACCUAAUCUUUCCAGUGCCAGCUGAAGAAUUUUGGAACCCUCCUCCGGAGAUUUUACAGAGACGCAUACCUCCACCUGAAAAGAAAAACCAAUCGGGGAAGGAAACGGAUGAAGCGGGUACCUGGAGUUGCGGAAGGAUUUUCAAAGAAGAAGUUCAAUAA